AUGAGUUCUGACCGAGAGGAGUAUGACAUGGUCUGUCAGAAAGCUGUGACCCUAAUUGUUGACCUUUGCCUGCACAACAGCUCACUGUUGGAUCAAGACACCUGUAAGGAUUACCUCUUCCUGUUGUCCAGCCACAGCUCUGACCGCAGAGAACUAGGUGCUUCUUUUGGCCUCCUCCUCUGUGUGUUUGUGAUCUGCGGCCUGGCUGUGCUGGGCCUUCUCACAUUCAUCUCUUGGAAGCUGUGCCUUGUGCCUUGGCGAACUAAGGCCCAUUUCCCCAGUCCAUCCCUCGCCCCGGCCUGUGACCUAGAGGACUGCCCGUUCCAGCCACCUCUCUGUCUACCCAGCCCCCAGCAGCCAGCAGUCACCAUGGCGACAGAGAAGGUGAAGGACCCCAUGGGUUCAAUGGGUUUCCUGGAGGCAGCAGUAAAGAUAAGCCGUACAUCUCCCGACAUCCCCACUGAUGUGCAGAUCUCCAUGAGGGAGCACUUCCUGCGCCGCACGCAGCGCAUGCAGAGGCAAGCCACUGAGCCGGCUUCCUCAACUCGGCACAAUUCAUUCAAAAGACACCUGCCCAGGCAGAUGCAGGCAAGCAGUCUAGACCUGGGAAAUGACUACGUAGCCGACAAUGAUGAAAAGCCAACCGGCAUCGGCCGCAUUCAGCCAGAGCUCUACCAGCAGAAGGCCCUGGAAUCAGAGGAUUCAUCCAAGAACAGCAGCAGCAAAAACUGUGGCAGGAUUAACUUCUCUCUCAAGUACGACUACGAAAACGAGGCCCUCAUAGUCAACAUCCUCAGGGCAUCAGACCUACCUGCCAAGGACUUAUGUGGCACUUCUGACCCUUACGUGAAGGUCUACCUGCUGCCCGACCGCAAGAAGUUCCAGACUCGCGUCCACCGGAAGAUGCUGAAUCCCUCAUUCGAUGAGAGCUUCCAGUUUCCUGUGCCUUACGAUGAGCUAGCGGUCAGGAAGCUCCACAUGAGCGUCUUUGACUUUGACCGGUUUUCCAGGCAUGAUAUGAUCGGUGAGGUGGUGCUGGAAAACUUGUUUGAGACAUCGGACCUCUCCAGGGAGACGAACAUAUGGAGGGACAUCCAAUAUGCAACCAGUGAAAGUGUUGACCUUGGGGAGAUCAUGUUCUCACUAUGCUACCUGCCCACCGCAGGCAGACUCACUCUUACUGUCAUCAAGUGCAGGAACCUCAAGGCCAUGGACAUUACUGGAUAUUCAGAUCCCUACGUCAAGGUGUCGCUCAUAUGUGACGAGAGACGUUUGAAAAAGAAGAAGACAAGCAUAAAGAAGAACACUCUGAAUCCCACCUACAAUGAGGCCAUCAUCUUUGACAUCCCGCCAGACAGUAUGGACCACGUCAGCCUUCACAUCUCUGUCAUGGACUACGACUUGGUAGGUCAUAAUGAGAUCAUUGGUGUGAUGAGGGUUGGCUGCCAUGCCGAGGGUCUUGGCAGAGACCACUGGAACGAAAUGCUGGCUUAUCCACGCAAGCCCAUUGCUCACUGGCACCCCCUGCUGGAGUCCAAGAAGUCUGAGAAGGAGUGGAAGGCGAGAACAGCCAGCUUUGACAGUCAAGGCUCCUGCCCUUCACCCAGGGCCCCGGCUAGUCCCUGA